AUGAGGUAUUUGUUGGAGUUCGUUUCUUGUUGCGCUACGCCAACGAUACUAGAGCGGGAAACUUCGGUGCCUGAGGAUGAGGGGAGGUGGCUGGUCCCGGCGCCGGUAGUUUCUCCUACAGUUUCCGCUUCUUCUUCUUCUUCUUCUCAACGUAGAUAUCGUAAGAAGCAUAAAAAGAGUGGCUCUGCUGAUUGGAGGCCUUCGUUGGGACCGAUCUCAGAGGAUGUCGUUGUUCAACCGAAAGGUACCGUGGCUUCUGCAGGAAAGGAGGUUAAGAAGAAGACAGCCGCCCGUGGUGCCGGUAAGGUGUAUCACCGGAACUACAGCGACGGUUAUCACGGGUCUAUGAUUAUGCCAGCAUUCUCUGCAACGCCAUUCAUGUUUUGA